GAGUCCACCUCCAGUCAUCAUGAGGAUUGGCCUUUAAAACUGCAGUGGAGCUCCUUCUGCCACCUCCUGCCUCCCUGAUUCAUACUCCUUGAGAAACUGCUGCUCUAGGACAAAGGAUCCUUUAAGCACAAUCUGAUUGGCUGCCUGGCACUUCGUCUGUGGCAAGCAGGACAAUGGCUGCCAGCAAGAGCAAGAACCAGAGUUCCUUGGCCCUCCAUAAAGUAAUUAUGGUUGGCAGUGGAGGUGUGGGUAAAUCUGCCCUCACACUUCAGUUUAUGUAUGAUGAGUUUGUAGAAGACUAUGAACCUACCAAGGCUGACAGCUACAGAAAGAAAGUAGUUCUGGAUGGUGAAGAAGUUCAGAUAGACAUUCUGGACACAGCAGGACAGGAGGAUUAUGCAGCUAUCAGAGAUAACUAUUUCCGCAGUGGGGAAGGCUUUCUUCUUGUCUUCUCAAUAACAGAGCACGAAUCCUUCACAGCAACAGCUGAGUUUCGGGAACAGAUCCUGCGUGUGAAGGCUGAAGAGGAUAAAAUCCCUUUGCUGGUAGUGGGGAACAAAUCUGACCUGGAGGAGCGCAGACAAGUGCCUGUAGAAGAGGCUCGGAGUAAGGCAGAAGAGUGGGGGGUGCAGUACGUAGAAACCUCUGCCAAAACUCGGGCCAAUGUAGAUAAGGUAUUCUUUGAUUUAAUGAGAGAAAUAAGAGCAAAGAAAAUGUCAGAAAACAAAGACAAGAAUGGCAAGAAAAGUGGCAAGAACAAGAAAAGCUUUAAAGAAAGAUGUUGCUUACUGUGAUGCUUUGGAACUGUAAAUAUCUAUCUACAGGUGGCAUGGAUAAAAUACCACUAAGGAUAUAGGGCUGGAUUCAUGAAAGGAAGUCUGUAUUGACUCCCUUAUCUUUUGCUUUGCAUAUCACACCUUCAAAAUGUGAAAACAACUUUGCAACCAUUUCCAGUAUCCAACAAAACCUUUGCCUCCUUAAACUGAAAUGGGCUUCAUCUUCCAACUUUCAAAACUAGAAAUAGUUUCAGAACUACAAUCCUUCUGCUUGGUUACACAAUGUACUUUUGUAUUAACUUCCUUCUAAUGUUUCUGUGUGUUUCUCUUGAACCUCUAUUGGCCUUAACCAGCACAGCUGUUCAGGUUCAAACACUUUUUCCCGCUGUUGCUGCCCUCCUUGAUGGUGCAAACUGCAGAAAGGCUAGAUGACACCUAGUAAAGGGUUUGAGUCUCCAUCUUCUCUUAGUUGUCACUGAUAUUUCUUACUCUGACAUCUGCUGACUUCCUCCCCACGCUCCAUGUAAGAAAUAGCAACUGACAGUUGAGAGUCAACUCAAAACAAACUUUAUUCUGUGUUCUGUUUAGUCAAUACAGCAUUCAUGAAUCAAGCCUACGGACUCAAUUCAGACUUGUUUAGGAAAUGCAAAAAUUGAUAUUUAAAACAGGCUAGAUGCAUUCCCUGCUGGGGUCUGUCUUCUCAUCCUUAAAUUAGUGGUAUGGGGUGAGAAAAUGACUGUAAGCCUUUCUUCAAAAGGAAUAGUAUUAUCACCAUCUCCCUGAAAUGCUGUCCUGGGUUUCUUCCAUGUAUUGUCUUGACUCAAUUACACUCCACAUCUGUCAUCCUCCCCUUACCUUGUACUGGAAUAGUGGAAAUAGGUGUUGAUUUAAUAAUCAGUUAUGUUUAUAUUGGAACACUUGUGAUGAUAACGUUGGAAAGUGAAAACAUCUGCAUCUGUCUCCUGUCUUGCUGUAGAUGAAAAUGCUGAAUAAGAGUGGGUCCCAUCACACAAUCAUGGCCUGGAAUAGGUGAGGCAUAUAUGUUACCUCUCAAUGAUUAGCUGGCUAGUGAGCUGUAUGGUGUCAAAAAGCAAAUGAAGUUAAGAAGUUGCCACAUCUGUUAUUCACUGUUAAUUUUAUGUGUACUGUUUCUGAUGCACAGCAACCUAGCACAUGAUGAGUUUUGCUGUCAGUUAUGCAGUAGUGGUCAUGUCUGUUGAACAAAAACAGUCUAGAAGUGGAAAAGUCAGUACUUAGCAGGUUCUGUUGACAGCUGAAUGAAAUGAACUUUCUGAUGCAGUUUAAAUGAAGUGCAGUUGCCAAAAAUCUCUUCUGUCACUGUGGAAAAGGAGUCUCUUCUGGUUGUGGAGUUUCUCAAUGAAUUGUGGCUACCUUCUGCCUCCAUGGAAUAGAGAAACUUGAAGAGUAACCAGUAUCUUGCUGGUAACUGGAUGCUUAAAACAGUUGCUUGGUGAAAGGUUGUUCAAUGAAGCUCAUUGCAGCACUAAAUUAACUAAUGGUGUUUCUUCCUGAGAUGGAGUAGGGAAUACUGUUCAGUACUUAGUGUUGUAAUUUGAGGUUGAAAAAUAUUUUUUCGCGUGUACUAGAUUGCUUUUGUGCAUUCUGUCUCUGAACAUUGAAAAAAAGUAAGAUGUGAUCUAUAUCAGAACCUCUGUUGACCUGAGGUUUCACAGGGACUUAUCACAAACUCAUUGUCUUCCAUCACUAGUUCAUCUUGUCAGGCAACUCAUUGGACUGGGGAAACUGUACUAAAUAAAAGGUGCUGUAAUAUUCA